GCAUUUCUACCUUAAAAAUCAUAAUAUUUCCUUAUCCUUACCUAAGAGAGAUGGACAAUGAUAUCUGUGAACUUUCCCAUACAUGGGAUGGUGAGAAUGGCAACUCUGUGGAGAAAAGGCUCAGGCUAUUUGGCUUUGAGCUAAAUCCAUCAAAGAUUGUCAGAGAAUCUGGUGAAGGAGAUGAAAGUGUGAACUCCUCCACCUCAGUUUCCUCAGGAGGAGAGAAAACUGUGCAGGAGAAGAACCCAGAUGAGAGGAAAUUUGAGUGCCAAUUCUGUUUCAAGGAAUUUGCAAAUUCCCAAGCACUUGGUGGGCACCAAAAUGCCCACAAGAAAGAAAGAAUGAAGAAGAAAAGGUUGCAGCUCCAAGCAAAGAGGGCCAGUGUAAACUACUACCUUCAGCCUUUUCAAAGCAACAACCAUAAUGGUUCUGAUCAUGCUCCUUGGUUCUAUGAUCCCUCUUCCUAUAACAACUCUGAGUUCACCUUGUGUGAAGAAUCUCAGAUUAGCUUCAAUUCAAAUGUUCAACCUGCUACCAAUUUCUUUGUUGAUCAGAAAUCUAGUUGGUAUAAUAAUUCUAUGCCAUCACAUGCUUCUUCUUCCCAACAAGAUUCUUGCAUGUUCACUUUCUCCAAUACAGAUAAUAGCCCUUUCAUCUUUAAUGAGCCUUGUCACUUCCCUGCUUCAAACCAGAGCCAUAGUACAGUUUUAGAUCUUCAACUAGGCCUCAAUUUGCAAUCAAGCUCUUUCAGUAGGCCAUGAUUUAUUGGAUUGAAAUCUUCUGUACUCCCGUGACCAUGUCUUCUAGUUCACCAAUAAAAUUUUGAUAUGUCAAUUAAGAUGUUUAUUUUAAUUGACGCUAAAAUAUUUUAUUGGUGAAAUAAGAAAUUGAAACAUUAUUUAAGAACAGAGGACAUAGGACUUCAGGACAAAUAGGUUAGUGAACAAUUUCCUUGUUCUCCUUGGGUGAUUUGAAUGCAUAAAUUCUCAAACAUCUGGGAAAAGGAAAUGAGAAAAAGUGAGAGAAAAAAAAAAUCAAAAUUCAUUAGUUGGCUGGCCCUCAGGCCCUGGCUCAUUCAGAGACAAUUAUUGAAGAGUCUGACAAAUAUAUACAAUUCAUAUAGUGUAUUUUUUUUAAGUAUAUACAACCAUUGCCAAUUACAUUUAUACAAUGUUCUUUACAUUCGCAGCA